GCGGAGUAUUUAUGUACAUGAGGAUACGGUUUAAAGCAUACCUGUCACAAGCCAAUAUGUGUUACCUGGUAUGUAAACACAAGUAGUUCACUUAAUUUAACUGCAUGAGUAUGUGUGUGACGUAACCUAAUCAUUGACCAGACAGAUUAUUGAACAAUGUAAAGGAAACACUGCAAUAACAACAGGAAUGGCGCUAACAGAAUGUCAAAAACAAGGUGGUGGUUGUUGUCAGUGUUUCUGACAUCAUUUGGACUUCUCUGGUUGUGGUUGACAAACGAGCGUUCCCUUACCGACCGUUCCAUUGUACUGGACGCAUUCCGGUCCAUUCGGGCCCCGGGCGACCCUAAGACCCAAGCAGAGCGUCUCCGCCAGUGGGUGACCCCAUUCCCUCGGACGGUGAUAUCCGAUUUACAAGACAUUACUGACGGAAACAAGGCAGGGAGCAACCACUGGUGUCGGGAGCGGCCAUCGGGCGACAUCCGGCUGUCUCCAGUGGAGCUGGCGUUCACGGGGUUGGUGGGUCCCUGGCGGGCCGGCAACACAUGGGUGCGCCACCUUCUUCAGCAAGCCACGGGGUUCUGCACGACUGGGCUGUACUGUGACAAGGAGCUGAGAGACCAUGGCUUUCCGUUUGAGUGCGCGCACGAGGUGGACCGUAAGCGCUGCCUGCUGGUUAAGGCGCACCUACCGGACCCGGCGUUCGAGAGGACGUACGUGGACCGACUGCCGGAGGUGAUCCCCGAGUUUGAUCGCGCGGUGCUGCUGGUGCGCAACCCGUAUGAGUUUAUUGUGGCCAACAUGUACUUCUGGCACAUGGAGACGGUUCCAGAGGAGGCGUUCAUGAAAAACAACUCACGUUGGCGGCACAGUCAGCCGAAGCUGUUGGACUGGUGGCGGGACAUGAACGCUUACUGGCUGACCAACUACACGGGCGCGCUACUUCCGGUCCUCUACUCGCGCAUCCGUCGGGACGUUUAUGGGGAGCUCCACCACUUACUUGCCUUCCUUCACGUUAACGUCAGUGACGCAGACGUAAGGUGCGCGGUGCAGUGCGGCGAGGGUAGUUUCCACAGGCCGAGCCGGAAAUGGACUCGCGUACGCAGCCUCGUGGAGCUGUUCGACCGACCGCUGCAGGCAAAAAUAAACCUUAGCAUAGCAGAAACGUCAAAACAGCUGAGAGACAAAUUCGGCAUUAUUUGGAUGGGAGACAAUGACGAUCUCUUUACAAAUACAUCAACGUCAUUACACUAGCGGAGAGAGAAACUACAUCUUUGUAUAAUGCGACUUAUGCCUUAAAUAAGGUGAACUAUUUCGAUUGUUGUUUUACACUGGCAAUCACAUUAACAGCCUAUAAAUUCCGUAUCGGUGAAGAGGGGGCGUAUGCACAGUUGCGCCACACAAUUACGCCCCCUCAAAUCCUGGAUCCACCCAUGGUUUUGACCUGAAAAGAUUAUUUAUUUAAGAACCGGUAAAAUUUUGCAUGGACAUGUCGACGUAACACAUACAGCCUGUCUUUAACAUGUUUGUUACUGGGACUUCGGAAAAUGAUAUUGGCCACAGACGGAGAAAUUUGGUGACGUCAAUAGGGUUCCGAGUUAAAACUGGGAAACGAACACGGCUGUUUAUCUACCAGAAGAGAGAAAGAACAUUAUAUUUUAUAAAUCUAACCGCUACCAAUUAUAAUUUGUUAAACCAACAUCAACAUUAAAGUGUCCUUAAAAUCCCAAAACACUGACUUUCAGCAAAGGGGAAAUGUUUUCAUUACAAAUGAUCUGAAAACUAAAUUAAAAAGGUUGCAUGAAUGAUUGGUCAAACUUCCACAAACGGUUUAGUUACCGAAUUGUAUGGUGUGAUUAAAGAAAACUGCACAUGA